UCAUUAAAAAUAUAAAAAAUAAAUAAAUCCCACUCAUCAGUUAUAAUGAAAAAGCUCAUGAACACCACAACUCAAGAAAGCAAUUUCUUUUCUGGAAAAAAUCAUGCUUUUUAAAGCUCACCCAUAUAAUUCCCACUCAUUAUCUUUGUUGCUUAAAGCUCUUCUCCUCCUUAUCUCAUCUCUCACUAUCUCUCUCUCUCUCUCUCUACUCUUAAACUUAACCACAUCAAUUCCAAAGCAAAUUCCUUCAUUUACCUAAACAAAGUAACAAAUAUAACAACACACCCAUAUCUCCCCCUCAAAAUGAGAACAAAGACCCACCAUACAUAUUAAACUACUAUAACCUCACUUAUCAUACACAACAACACAAGUCUCUCUCAUAUUCAUAUAUCAAACUCACUUUUAUUUUUUUUAUUUUUUUUUACUAUCCAUGCGAUCAUGGAUGGAGGAGAUGAUCUCCACCACCAUCACCACCACCAGCACCAUCAACACCACCACCAACACCAACAACAACAAAGACAAAAUUUUCCAUUUCAACUUCUUGAGAAGAAAGAAGAUAACCAAGAAGCAGCAUCAUGUUCAACUUCUUCUCCAUAUCCAUCCCUAGCAAUCUCACCAACAGAACCAAGUACAUCAAAUUCAAACCGAUCCAACCAACUAGUCCCAGCAUCAACACCAACAACCUCUGACCCUGCCAACAAAAAACCUCCUCCGAAAAGAACUUCCACCAAAGACCGUCAUACCAAAGUAGAAGGCCGUGGCCGCCGCAUCCGAAUGCCGGCACUUUGUGCUGCUAGAGUUUUUCAGCUUACACGCGAACUUGGCCAUAAAUCUGAUGGUGAAACCAUUGAAUGGCUUCUUCAACAAGCUGAACCAGCUGUUAUAGCCGCCACUGGUACUGGAACUAUACCUGCUAACUUCACAUCUCUCAAUAUCUCACUUCGUAGCUCAGGCUCAUCCAUGUCUGUUCCAUCUCAGCUAAGAUCUUCUUACUUCAACCCGAAUUUCUCACUUCAACAACGAAGAACUCUUUUUCCUGGAAUUGGUUUAUCUCCUUCAGAUAACAACAGCAACAACAACACUUCAAUGCUUUUGAAUUUCCAAUCAAAUAACCUAACAAAUAUGUUGCAGGCUAAACAAGAGGUUCGAGAUGGAAACACAAACUCAAACGCUAACGCGAACGCUCCUUCUUCAUCAACCACGUUAGAUUUAUCUGAAACAAGUGGAGAAGAAUCCAUGGGAGGAAGAAAAAGAAGAACUAGCAGUGGUGGCAGUGAGCAAGAUUUAUCAUCAUUACAACAUCAAAUGGGGAGUUAUCUGAUGCAAUCAAGUGCAGGUUCAAUUCCAGCAAGUCAUACUCAGAUUCCGGCAAAUAUAUGGAUGGUUGCAAAUUCUAAUAACCAAAUAAUGAGUGGUGGUGAUCCUAUAUGGACUUUUCCGUCAGUGAAUAAUAGUGCUGCUGCUUUGUAUAGAGGAGCAGUUUCAACUAGUGGUUUGCAUUUUAUGAAUUUUCCACAACCUAUGGCUUUGUUACCAGGUCAACAAUUAGGUAAUUCUUCCGGUGGUGGUGGUGGUGGUGGGAAUAUCAAUAUGAAUAUGAAUAUGAAUGAAGGACAUUUGAGUAUGCUUGCUGGUCUUAGUCCUUAUCGUCCGGUUUCCGAUCAUCAUCAACAACACCAUCAACCAAGUGGAUCACAAUCACAUCAUCAUCGCAGUGGUAGCCAUGAACACGAUGAUCGACAUGAUAAUUAAUCACAGCUCCUACAAGAUCAUCAUCUUCUGCUUCUUCUUCUUCUUCUUACAUUACUUGUCUAGUAGUUUGAUUUGAUGAUGUGUUUAAUUUUAACACACACGUGAGGUUUGUUUGAUCUUAUUCUAAAUUGAGUUUUAUUGUUUAUUAAUUAUUAUUAUUAUUAUUCCCAAAAUUAAUUUUUUGGUGUGAUUAAGAUUUUGGAAGAGAGAAUGAAUGAUUCAGGAGAAGUGAAGAGAAAACAAGAUAGUAUUUUAGGGUUUGGAAGAUGAGAGUCACUAUUUAAUUAACAAUUGGGGUAUUUGGCUGCCUGCUUUACUUUUUUUGUUCUUUUCCUCUGGCAAAAAAAAAAAAUGUGUUCCUUGAAUUAUUUCAGUUCACUACUGCUACUACAGGAUAUCUUAUCAUCA